AGGAAAACACUUUGGCAGACAUGGCCUCGCGCUUGGUGAACGACAGGCAUGAAUGGAAGCUUGAUCCACGUAUUUUCCAACAAUUGUGUAAAGUGUUUGGUACACCAACUAUUGAUUUGUUUGCCUCUAGGAUAAAUAACCAGGUACCUUCAUAUUGCUCAUGGAGACCAGACCCAGGGGCAAUGCAUGUGGAUGCAUUCUCUUUAAAUUGGGCAAGAUUCAAACUUUCUUACAUUUUUCCUCCAUUUUCGCUAAUUGCUAGAUGCCUGCAGAAGUUGAAAGCCGAAGGAGCCAGAGUGUGGAUGGUUGUUCCCCUGUGGCAGUCCCAACCAUGGAUGGGCACGUUGCUCGGGAUGCUCAUCGAUUACCCGCGCCUCAUAUCGCAGAAAACUGCGGUGCUUGUACACCCAUCAUCAGGGGAAGAUCACCCGAUCAUGCGCAACACACAUCUGAUGGCGUGCCUUCUGUCAGGGAGCACUUACGAGCACGCGGAGUUUCUGAGGACGGUGCAAACAUCAUCUUGGCUUCUUGGAAACCAGGCACCGAGAAACAAUACCGCCCGCACCUUAAGCGCUGGGCACAAUUUUGUGUUAGAGGGAACGUUAGUGCCUGUAAUCCCACUGUCGCGGACAUUAUAAAUUUUUUGUCUGAAACUUUUAACAGGAAUGUGGGUUAUGAAACACUCAAUACGGCCAGAAGUGCUCUCUCCUCUUUGGGCAUUGUGGUGGAUGGCUGUAGAGCGGGUAACCACCCUUUGGUCAUCAGGUUCAUGAGGGGUGUAUUUAAUUUGCGUCCACCCAUACCUAGAUACACUGCAACAUGGGACGUUCAACCAGUCCCGGAAUUGAAAUCCAUGUACCCCUUGCAUACUCUAACCCUUAGGGAUUUAACUUUAAAACUGGUUAUGCUGAUGGCUCUAACCCAGGCUGCACGUGUACAAACUUUACAUCUGUUAGUUACCACUGGCAUUAGCAUAGGAGAGGACUUUAUUUCAGUUCGGUUACGGGGUCACAUUAAGCAGUGUAGGCCCUCCUUUAAUAUUCGUUCAAUUAAAUUUCAAGCUUAUUCCAGGGACACUAGUUUAUGUGUUUGCGAUACCUUACAGCAUUACCUCGCAAGAACGGCGGAGAUCAGACGGGACCUUUCCCGAGAGGAUGCUGGACUUCUCCUCAGCUACGUCAGACCACACAAGUCGGUCACUAAGGACACCAUUGCCCGUUGGGUUAAGGCGAUGCUUAAAAGAUCAGGUGUUGACACUACUACAUUUACUGCUGGUAGUGUUAGGUCAGCGGCAGUGUCAAAGGCAAAGGCUAUGUCAGUGCCUAUUACUACUAUUAUGGCCAAAGCCGGCUGGACUCGGGCCAGUACUUUUGCUAAGUUUUAUGACAAGCAAAUUGUCCCACAACUAGAUUCAUUUCAGGAGGCUGUACUUGUGUAAAUUAUUGUAAUAUUGUUCCAUUUCUUUGGGUUAUUAAUGGUUUGGAGAUAUGAGCAUAGCGUGAGAUUCACUGCCAUUAUGCACAGGUUUGC